CUUGGGGGGUGACACUGAGACACGGGGGUGACACUUGGGGGGUGAGAGACUUGGGGGGUGAGAGACUUGGGGGUGACACUGAGACUCGGGUGAGAGUCUCGGGGAGGGUGGGACGUCCGCUCGGCAUGGACGAGGUUUCGCCCCCGAGUCGGCCUGGCCACCCACACAGCCGCGGCGGCGUCAGCGAUCGCGAGGUGAGCCGCAGUGCCGGCUUCCACGGUUCGGAGCGCCCCGAUGGUGGAGGAGGAGGAGGAGAAGCGCGUGAGGAUGGUGGGGAGAGCGAGGGCACCGGGGGGAGGACGAUCGCUCACGAUGCGGGCGAUGGAGUUGAGGGGGACGAGGGCUGGGACACCGACCUGGAGGGUGAAGUGGGUGGCCCCGGUGCGCUGGGCGUGCACAGGGCGCGAGCGCAGUACGAGGAGGCGUGCCGCCAGCUGCGUCUCGUGCCCGUCUCGUUCUUCUCGCGGCACAUGCACGAGGCGCAGCUCAGCCUCGCGCACCACGGCCUGGGGCCCCAGGGCGUCCACGCCGUGUGCCUGUCGCUCGUCAGCAACACGUCGCUGACAAGCCUGGACCUCCGGGACAACUGUGCGGGAGCGAUGGGGGGCGUGUACCUGGCGGACAUGCUGAGAGAGAACGUGUCAGUACAGAACCUGGACGUGCGGGACAAUGCUCUGGGCGACGCGGGAGGCACGGCCCUGGCGCCCGUGCUGCUGGAGAACGCAACGCUGACGCGCCUCGUGCUGGACGGGAACCGCGUGGGCGACUCCACGGGGGCCGCCCUUGCCACAGCCCUUGCCACCAACCACACGCUCUGCUCGCUCAGCCUCGCUCACAACCAGCUGGGGCGCGGCUCAGGUGAUUGGUUGCAACUGCUGCUCAGCGAGAGCUCCGGCCUGAAGGAGCUCAACUUGAGCUGGAACGAGAUCCGAGGGCCAAGUGCGGUUGCCUUGGCCAAGGGGCUCUCCGCUAACGUGGUGCUGCGUGUGCUCGACGUGUCGAGCAACGGCCUGGACAAGGAGGGAGCCUCGGCACUGGGGGCAGCGCUCAAGACCAACGACGUCCUCGAGGAGCUCAACGUCAGUAACAAUCGCAUCAACCCCGAGGGCGCAGUGCUCCUCGCCAAGUGCCUGCAGCUCAACUCCACCCUGCGGACUCUCUCCAUGGGCAGGAACCCCAUGCAGUCAGCUGGCUGCUUUGCGGUCCUCACCGCCGCCAAGAACUCAUCGUGUGCGCUCGAGAGGCUGGACUUCACGGCAAUCCAUGUGAACGCUGAUUUUGAGGAGCUGCAUGAACAGGUGCGGGGAUUGAACCCAAAUCUUCAGGUCAAACACGGGGGGCUCGUGCCUUCAAAGAGGCGGCCCAAGCCAAACCCCACCAGCAGCGCCACCACCGACACCGCGACCGACGUCACCACCGACGUCACAGUCGAUACAACGACCGACAUCACAACCAACACCACUACCAACAUCACUCCCGACAUCGCGACCGACAUCACAACCGACACCACUACCAACAUUACUCCUGACAUCGCGACCAACAUCACAACCGACACCACUACCAACAUCACUCCCGAUAUCGCGACCAACACCACGACCGACAUCACGACCGACACCACAACCACCGUUGUAUCCGCCGCAACCACGUAGCCACCACAACCACCGUGACACUUCACACCACAGCUACCGCAUAACCCAACGUCAUCCCUGACACCACCACAGUUUCAAAUUGCAGACCAAACAAUCGGGUGCGGUGUGCCACCUCAUCAGCGUCAUGAUCAUUUGGUUAAAUGUUCUUCACAUCGCUGUUUGCUCCGUGACUAUGGUCCCCGCCCCCAAACCCCCCCCCCCCACCCCCCUCUAUUAUGGAUAUUGGUCGCCAAAGCCUCCUGCUGCUGCGUGUUAAGGUAGCGAUGGCUCCUCCACAAUCUGCGUGUCCACCGGGGCCACAGCUGCUGCUGACCACCGAGCGUGGGAACCCGCCGGGGCCUGAGAGCUUCAAGUUGUUGCGAAUUAUCAGCGAGAUGAACAAAAAUCCGAUGAGUAUUCGACUUUUGAGAAAUUGCACUUGCCGAUCUUUCGUUGGUGUUCGCCUUCUUGGUGUGGCUGAUGUUGUGGCAACAACUGUAAUGUUGUUAUCUGUGGGACAUGUUUUUGUGUAUUAAACAAUUAUGGAAGAAUACUAAUAAUAGCUUUUAUACCCUUUCUGGCAAUAAAACAGGAGGCGUUAAGAUGUCAAGCACCAAAUAGAGAAACAUUUUUCUUGGUAUCAUCAAGUCUGUAUUAACCACACGUACAUUUGGCAAAACUUACAAACAGAAAUGCUCUGAUGAUAAUACGUUUUCUUUGAAACGGAUUGGCCUACACCAGAGACAACCUUCUUUAUGUGCUUGCCUCACCACCACCAGCACCAGUGUUAGACCAGAGAACGCCAGAAUGCGAACAUUACAAAGUAAUUCUAUGUUGAAGUGGUUGAGCCAGAUAAUUGUGUCAGGAGUAGCAAUGUGUAUUGCUUUGAUGAUGCCUCCUUCAUACAGAUAUCUGCCUGAGUCGAUGGGUCUCUGUGAAUCUAACGAUCUCUGUAUGGGUCUCUGUGAGUGUGAUUCUGUAUGUUAAACUAUCGAUCUCUGUUUGGGUCUCUGUGAGUGUGAUUCUGUAUGUUAAACUAUCGAUCUCUGUAUGGGUCGCUGUGAGUGUAUGAUUCUGUAUGUGAAUCUAUAGAUGCCAGUGUGGGUUGCUGUGAUUCUGUAUGUUAAACUAUCGAUCUCUGUAUGGGUUGCUGUGGGUGUAUGAUUCUGUAUGUGAAUCUACAGAUCUCUGGAUGAGUCUAAAGGUCUCUGCAAGUCGAUGGGUCUCGGUGUGAACUUCAGGGGCCAUUCUUCGUAUGCCCACUCACCGGGGCCGUGUUGUCCACAGCAGUGGGCACUCGCCUAGGGCCUACGAAAACUAAAAGGGCCUACGGGAAAAAACGUGAUCAUUUUUUAGUUUGUAUGAUAAACAAAACAUGUAACCAAGAGACAUUCUUGAAUACAUCUCUGAAGCGAGGGUAGGCGGCGUUUCAAACGAAUGCUGCGAAUCUGCGGCACGUGGCGCGAUCCCAUCGCACGAGGGCACAGACCACAACACCACCAACACCACGAGGGCACAGACCACAACACCACCAACACCACGAGAGCACAGACCACAACACCACCAACACCACGAGAGCACAGACCACAACACCACCAACACCACGAGAGCACAGACCACAACACCACCAACACCACGAGAGCACAGACCACAACACCACCAACAC